GGAGUAGGAGCGGGAUUUCGAAUUUUGACGGCGCGCCGUGCGCCAUGUCCUUGGCAGCUCCCCGUAGCCGGAGCCCGGGCGUGGUUACCGGGGGGACGGUGCGGCCUGGGUCGAGCCGCCGGGCGUUUGGCGACUUUUCCAAGCCGGAGCUGAGCUCUCCUUGGGACGGGGAUGUGGCUGGGCUCGGGCCUGACGCAGCGCAAAUGGGAAACUUGUUCGGCAAGAAGAAGCGGUCCCGAGUGACCGAGCAGGAUAAGGCCGUGCUGCAAUUAAAACAACAACGUGACAAACUGAAGCAGUACCAAAAAAGGAUUGGUAUUCAACUAGAAAAGGAGCGGGAGCUUGCGCGGCAGUUGCUACAUGCUGGCAAGAGAGAGAAAGCCAAGCUCCUGCUCAAGAAAAAAAGAUAUCAGGAGCAACUUCUUGAUAAAACUGAAGUUCAGAUUAGUAAUCUUGAACAAAUGGUUCAAGACAUUGAAUUUGCUCAAAUAGAAAUGAAAGUUAUAGAAGGUCUGAAAAUUGGAAAUGAUUGUCUUAAGAAAAUGCAUGAGGUUAUGUCUAUUGAAGAAGUAGAACGAAUAAUGGAUGAAACCCAAGAAGCUGUUGAAUACCAGCGGCAAAUUGAUGAAAUUUUAGCUGGUGGUUUGUCUCAAGAUGAUGAAGAUGCCAUUCUGGCGGAGUUAGAUGCCAUCACUCAGGAAGCCAUCGAACUUCCAGAAGUUCCUGCAGAAGCACUACCAAGUAUUCCUGCAAGUGAAAAAGACAAAGAACCAGUUAAAAACCUGCAGAAACAAGUGAUGGUGGCAGCUUCGUAACUGAAAUUUGUACUCUUCAGUGACGUAUGUCUUCAAUGUGUUUUCUAGAGUUGAUCAUGAUUCACAAUCCCGUUUUGAGGGUUGGAAAGUUCAGCUCUACACACUUAUAAGAAGAACCUUUUUUUAUUCUCGUGGAAUUAUUUACUUUUUAAAAAUGCAGGCUCCAUGUUUACUUCCUUUUACAUUUGUAUUUUUAAAAAAAUUCCAAAAAUGAGUAGUGCUUCAGAACUUGAAGAAUCAGAAUCCAUAAUCAGCAUUCCUAAAUGGGAUCUCUUGUCAAUCAAAGCCGGCAUGCAAUUCUUUGGUACCUGCUCAUGUCUAAUAUUUGGAAUGGUUUAAGUCUGCACUGAUAUAGUAAUGUAGUGAAUAAGUAAGGUGACAAACAUCUGCCUAUAAAACAUGAAUUUUUUGAAUAUUUCAAUAAUUCUGUUGAGUAGAACAGAAAGGAAAACAGCCCCUGAGAAGAGUUCACUCGGUAGAGUUGCUGGAGAUGCAGCAGAUUCGGCAUUGAUGGUAUGAUUACUGUAAAUAUUGUCCUUUUAACAUUCUCUGACAUGAAACAGUUUGACUUAUAUUUAAGAUGGCUUGUACCGAAGAUUUUUAAUUUAUGGGACUUGAGCAGAAUUGCAAAAUGCUGUUGUCUCCAGAAUCUCCAUACAAGAGCCUAAAUUGAACAUCCUGGAGCAUUGUAAUGAAAUCCUCUCCAUAUAUUACUUUGGGCUAAGUGUAAUUAUAGAUUUCUAAAUGGAAGGAAUUGAAAUAACAGUUACAAAACUUAAUCGAGUUUUCAUAUGGUUUCCACUGUAGUUAUCCAUUUAACAAAGAAUCACUCACAUGCAUACCUUGGAUCUACAGUGCAAUUCCAUCAUGUACUUUCCUUUUUUAAAACAAAAUCGCUCAGUGGUCCUGGAUUUGGAAGGAUUUAUAUUUAUUUAAAAAAACAGAUAAUGAUUUUUUUUUGAGCUGCUAGCCAAGCUGUCAAUGUUCCGUUUCAUAAUCAUGUUUAAAAACUAAACAUUUUAUUUUAACUUGAUUUCCUUGAGCACCAAACGGAAUAGUUUUGUAUCUCGUGGAUAGAUUGUUUCUUGACUUGUACUUUCUGCAUUGAUCAGUAUUCUCAGUUCAAUUUUUUCACUUGGAGAAUCUAUUCAAAAAAAACUACCUCCCGAAAUGAUGUCAUUCAAUUUUGCCCUAAGUGUUCAAAUUCCCUUUGUGCAUAAUGUCUUAUUGCUAAAUAUUUUGUCCUGCCAUUAAAUAAGCCUUUAAAUGGAGGUAAAAUUGUAAUUGGCUAAAUGGCAAACACCAGAUGAAACGGCACCAUUGAGGCACAUAAUCAUGCAUGAGCCAUAAGUGGAUGUGAGGUAGAUAACAUGAAGCAAGCUGUCCCUAUGGAAGGCAGCUGGAGGUUAUCAUGGUCAAAGUGCCGGGUGUGUGCCUCACUGGCGCAUAUGGUGAAAGGUGAUCAUUACAAACUGAGACACAAAUUGGUAAAAUUACUUCUAUAUUUUUUAAUUCUGUAGUCGAUGAGGUAAGCUUGCUUUCAUACCAAAAAUCUUUUCUUUAUACAAAUUUUGAAUAUCAUAGUUUGAAUGAAAAUUGUCACAGCACCCAACUUAUAAACUGGGCAUGUAUUCAGCAGUAUACCUACUUGAUCUCGUGUAUGGAAAGGAUCUUUUUGAGUUGUGCUCCAGCUGAACUUUGCAGAUCAAAAUGUAAAUUUCUAUCAAGGUUGAUUUUAACACCUGUGGCAAAUGCCUUAUUUGGGUGUUAUGACUUUUUCUUCUACCGUGCUUUAAAAUGUUCAGAUGCAAACCCCUUUGACCUCUGUAAUUUCUACAAAUUGUCUUUGAUAUUGCAAAGUAGAAUAAAAGAAUUUAACCAUGA